AUGGAUACCGACGGCGGCGAGCUAUCUCUCCUUUUUCCUAAAGAAAUCGUCGAAGAAAUACUGUCAAGACUUCCGGUGACAUCGCUCUUGAAAUUCCGAUGCGUUUCGAAAUCAUGGCGUUGUUUGAUUGGAAGCGACCGAUUCAUCAAAACCCACCUGCAAACUUCGUCCAAAAACGCAUCUUUUGCCCAUCACAGGCUCGUUCUUAACAAAUCUCAGAACUUGUUCGAUGACGGGAUGAAUACACUGUGGAGGUCCCCGGUUCUUAUCGUGGGUUGCUGUAAUGGGCUCGUCUGCUGCUGCAUUAAUCUCGAGAAAGGGCGUUUUAUAUUGUGGAAUCCAGCUACCAGAAUCUCGAAGGAAUUACCGCAGUUGGUAAUAGACAAUAUGCGUUGGUCCAUUGUCAGUUACGGGUUCGGUUGGGACGAAUCGAGCGAUGCACACAAGGUGUUUGUUGUUUUGUUUAGUCGUAAGCGGUGGGUGGGUAAACUUUAUAGCUCAAGCACGAAUUCAUGGAAAACAGUAACUGAGUAUGGUGAUUUCGAAUUAAUAUACGGUGACGCGGAGUUUGCGAGCGGGAAGCUUCACUGGCUGAGGAAGAGGAGGGGCGGGAGUGGUGGAUGGUAUGCUGCCGACAUUGCUACAUUCGACUUGAAGAGCGAGGAGUUUGGAGUGAUGGAGCUGCCAUGUGAGUCGACGUUGUCGUUGAGCCUCAACGAGGGAUGCCUUAGCGUUGUUUGUUAUAACGUGAGAACGCUCUUUGAUGUGUGGGUAAUGAAGCAGGAUUGUUGGGUGAAAGUGAGGGAUGUUGUUGUUUACGAGCCUUGUGAAAUUCUUCCUUCUGUAGCCCCAUUUAGCGCAGUCGACGAUGUGGAGAUUCGGCUAGUUCGUGGUUCGACUUUUGAGCUCGACGAUCCAGCACAGGAUGACGAUGUGUUUUCGCGGAUCAAGAAACUUAAACCUUCCAUUCCGAUGAAUCUCUACAUCGAAAGUUUAGUCUCUCCCCUCCCUAACAAGAGGGGUAACUGUGUCUAGAUAUACGAAUUUUCACUUAAUUUUA